UUUGAUCAGAAAAUCUCGAUUCUCUGCUGAUGAAAAGAAGAAUGAAUUGAAGAUAUCUAGCUAGUUGAUUUCAGUUAUGCACGCACAAUUAUCUGUAUAGAAUUGGUUCUGUUCGUUUCGGAAAUGCCAUUGAUUGAGUUUGUGCAAUUUUAUUAGCAGCGAUGGAUUUUGCAGAAGUACAUGAAAUAAUACUCAAUUAGUCAUUAGAAUUCGACAUUUUACCUUAUAACAAACUGAAAAGGCUGUUUGACUAUUGGUAACAAGAUCAAUCUUGGUUUUCGGAUAACAGAGUUAGCGUCAAUGGAGUUUCCCAGAUCAAGGUGAUCGCUUUUUUACACAUAUAGAGUGAUCACUUGAAGAUUCAGUUGUGAGUUUGUAUCACGAUCCCAAACGAUGUUGCCUACUGAUCCUACGAAGAAAUUGUCGUUCAAGCGGAACAUAAGUGAUGGUGAUUUGGUUAUUGUAUACGAGAAACAUGAUAACAUGAAGGCUGUAAAAGUAUGUGAGAAAUCUGUUCUUGAGAACCGUUUCGGUAUAUUUAAGCAUGCAGAUUGGAUUGGGAAACCAUAUGGCUGUAAAGUGUCUAGCCACAAGGGUGGAUUUGUGUACUUGCUGGCUCCAACUCCUGAGCUAUGGACAUUGGUUUUAAGCCACAGAACUCAAAUUCUUUACAUUGCAGAUAUCAGCUUUGUGGUCAUGUACUUAGAAUUGAUUCCUGGCUGUGUGGUUCUUGAAUCCGGUACCGGAAGCGGAUCAUUAACGACUUCUCUGUCAAGGGCCAUUGCUCCUACUGGACAUGUCCAUACGUUUGAUUUUCACGAACAGAGAGCUGCGGCUGCUAGAGAAGAUUUUGAGAGAACAGGGUUGAGCAGUUUGGUGACAGUGGGAGUUAGAGAUAUUCAGGGUGAGGGGUUUCCGAAAGAUCUAACAGGUCUAGCAGAUGCCGUCUUCUUGGAUUUACCCCAGCCUUGGCUUGCUAUUGGUUCUGCUGGAGAAAUGUUGAAACCAGAUGGAGUCUUGUGUUCAUUCUCGCCUUGCAUUGAACAAGUACAACGUUCAUCUGAAACCCUUGCAUCGAAUUUUACUGAUAUAAGAACAUUUGAGGUCCUUUUGCGCACAUAUGAAGUUCGAGAAGGAAAAAUGGAUCACUGUCAAACUGAAGGAGGUACUCCUGGGUCUCGCCCAUGCAAGAGGAAGCAUCGUACAAGUGAAGGAAGUCAAUGGGAACAGGAGCAUUCUGGAUCAUCUAUUGUGAUGGCUAGACCAUCUGGCGAGGCAAAAGGUCACACGGGCUAUCUAACAUUUGCUAGACUUAGAUGUGUUGCCUGAUGAUAAUACAUUGAGCCUGCGUUAGACUGAUUAAAUAGCGGAAUAGCUCUAGAACUUGCUGAUUACGAUGAGCAGUUGUUUUCGGCUUCAAUAUAGGUCGUCUCCUAGCUUCAAUGAAGCUUGAUGACUACUGACAAUUUUCAUGAUUCCGAUCCAAUCAUCUUGUUUUGAAGUUUUGUGGAAGCCAAGAUCGCCAUUUUUACAGGUUUUCAAUGUUAGAAUUGUUGGAAAAACCUUAAGCACAUGCUGUUACAUUCUCUCUUGAAUAGAAAUGAGCAUGAGUUUGCCU